AUGAAAGGGCCGAUCCUGAUCUUGUGCUUUUGCUCGGUCGUGUUUUUACUGCUCUACGGGAAAUUCGGUGAUUUGGCAAGUCAAUCCCAAUACGAAACUCUGCUCGGGCGGAUCAGUUGGCCGGAUCUUGGGGCAAAUAUCGAUACCCCAAGCUUUCACACGACAAGAAAACCACGCCGAAAUCGAAAACUUAUCGUACCGCCCGAUUCCGAUAACGACUACACCGAGCUUGAUGUAUUCCCGUUUGACAGGACACCGAUCGGGCGACCUAAAAUCAUCUUCUGGGGCUCGCGUGUUUUCUCCGAGAAAAUGCCUGUAAAUUUUCAACAGAGCUGCCCGGAAAUGAAGUAUCGCUGUAUCUUUCACUCUGACCAAUCGCUUAUCGCAGAUGCUGAUGCGGUGAUAUUUCACGAGGCUGAUACACCUUUGCAAAAAGCUAAACUCCUGCAAAUACCCCGAAAACCUCACCAACGCUUUAUUUGGUAUACGCUCGAGUCGCCGGCGAAUACCCAUAGACCGCUGGAUAAUUAUCCGGCCCACUUUUUCAAUUGGACAAUGACCUAUCUGCCCGAGGCCGAUGUCUAUUACCCCUAUGAUGCUGCCUGGAUCACGAAAAAGGUUGCUGAACGGAAAAACGUACCCUUCAACCCACCGGUCAUUCCUGAUAAGGAAAUAUCUAAAAAUCGAAGCUUACAAAUCAUCGGCAUGAUCUCGAACAAUGUGCAUAUGAGGCUCAAAUUUAUCACCGAUCUGCACAAGAAAGUUAAUGUUGCCUUGCUUGGUGCGGCGGCAUUCGAAGAAAAAUGGAGAAAUAUUUGCCCAAGAUCGGAGGGGAAUGCUUGUAUCAAGAAGCUAGUCGAGGAUAGCUACUUUUUCAUAGCUUUGGAGAAUUCUAUUUGUACUUGGUACACUACGGAGAAGUACUUUGGGCGCGCCGCGUGGAACAGCGUGCCGAUAGUUUGGGCAAGAGAGUCGGGCGGGAAUAAAAUCUUCCCCCCAAAAUCCGUUAUCUUUGUCGAGGACUACCAAUCUUACGAAGAAAUGGCAAACCACCUAAAAUAUUUGAUGCGCAACGCAACGGCUUAUGCGGAAUAUUUUGAGUGGAGAAAAACCCACACGAUGGGUAAUCGGGGGAAGACCCAGGAAUGCGCGUUGUGCAAAAGAUUACUAGCUGAUGAUGGGGCCUUCAAAACGUACGAAUCUCCGAUCUCGUGGUACUCCGAGCAUUCUGCUUGCUCUUCCGAAGUGCCGGACCGCUUUUUACAAAAU